UCUCGAUUAAACUCAACGCAGAGGGCGGAUAGCAUUUCACACAAGUUGACCAGACCUGUAUCAUUCUGCUUCCGCUUUCUGUUUCGUGGAGUAAAAAAGAUAUGCUUCCGCUGAAUUUCAUUGUUUCAUUCCCUCUCUUCACUAUCAUGUUUUGAUUGAGCAGAAUAAAAACCCUAAUUUACAGUCGUCGAUAGAGAUUGAAGAACACCGUUGGUUUUGGUUCCAAUUGCCAAAGACUUGAUUGCAUAUUCCAACUUGAAAAUCACAGAGCAAUUACAGGCCAUUGAAGCGUUGCAGAGUAAGCAUCAUCGUAUAUAAUAUAAUAUAGGCAUUCAAUAAGAAACGUGAUUUUCUCAACAAUCACCACAUCAACAACACCACCCUUUAAUAUCCAUCCCAAUAACUUCAAGGGCCAACAAGCUUCUUUUCUCUCAAAUCUGGGUUAUCGUCCAAUUUUCAUCUAAUCUCUCGAUUCACCUCAAUUUUCAUCUAUUGCAGAGAGAGAUGUUAUGAUUGCUUCGUUUGCUUCCAAUUAGUGUUGAAUAUGAUUCUUCAUCAAACAAUUAUUGCAUUUAUCGUAGCAAUUCUAGUUUCCUCUUCAACCAAAUCGGAUGCUCAAUGCAAUCAAACAUGUGGAACUAGCCAAACGAAUCAUAAUAGGGUCUCAUACCCCUUCGGGUUCUCUAAUGGCUGCCCAAUCCCUCUCAAAUGCAGCGACAACGGAGACAUCAGCAUCAGCCAAUUUCAAGUCCGAAAUGUCACCACAGACACUAUACUCAUCAAUCUCCCAGCAAAUUGCAGUCGCCCAACCGCUGAAAUCGAGCCGCUCUUUGGCCCAAACUACGCUCUCUCUUCCUCGAACACCCUCAUGUUGCGGAACUGCACAUCCCCAAUUGAAGGAUGCUUGAUACCAACAUCCAUGGUGGAGAAGCGGUUGGGAUUAGGAAGCUGUGGUAUCAGAAGCGAUAACUUCACUUGUUACUCUGCUGUGGAUACACAAUUGGAUUUCAUGACUUUCCAGAAUUUGAGCAAGAACCAUUGUAAAUUCUUGUUCACUUCCAUCACCGUGGAUUUGAGCAAUGAUUCCAAUAAGAGUCCGGCGGUUCCGCUUCAAUUUCAGGUGGCGGAGCUCGAAUGGUGGUUGGAGGGGCGUUGCAAUUGCUCGCCGCUUGCGGAUUGUACGGCGGUGACGCCGCCAAACGGUGGUUCUGGGUUCCGGUGCCGGUGUAAGGAAGGGUUUGAAGGAGAUGGGUUUCUCGGCGGCGGUGGUGGUUGCCGGAAAGUUCCUCAUUGCAGUGCUUCAAACUACUUGUCUGGCCAAUGUGGAGGAAAGGCUAAAGUUGGUGUUCUCAUUGGAGGGAUUAUUGUUGGAGCUCUUUUGAUGGCUGCUCUGGCUUUUGUCUGUUACUUCAUCCGACGACGGUCUAGUUCUAUAAGAAGCCAAAUGAGUGCAAGGCGCUUUCGAUGUGAAGCUGCAGGUAGCUCCAAUGUUCCUUUCUAUCCCUACAAAGAAAUCGCGAAAGCCACUAAUAGCUUCUCUGAGAAACAAAGGUUGGGAACUGGGGCCUAUGGUACAGUUUAUGCAGGAAAACUCCACAACGAUGAAUGGGUGGCCAUUAAAAAAAUUCGACACCGAGACGCUAACGGUGUUGAACAAAUCAUGAAUGAAAUCAAGCUUCUUUCCUCUGUGAGCCAUCCAAAUCUUGUCCGACUCUUAGGUUGCUGUAUAGAGAAUGGUGAACAAAUCCUUGUCUACGAAUUCAUGGCCCAUGGAACUCUAUCUCAGCAUCUACAGAGAGAAAGGGGUACAGGCCUUCCAUGGACAGUCCGCCUCACCAUUGCCAGUGAAACUGCUCAUGCCAUUGCCUAUCUUCACUCUGCCAUGAAUCCACCAAUAUACCACAGAGACAUCAAAUCUAGUAAUAUACUCUUAGAUCACAACUUCAACUCCAAAGUAGCAGAUUUUGGUCUUUCUAGACUUGGUAUGACCGAGGAUUCCCACAUUUCAACAGCUCCACAAGGGACUCCAGGCUAUCUUGAUCCUCAGUACCAUCAAAAUUUUCAUCUUUCUGAUAAAAGCGAUGUAUACAGCUUUGGGGUCGUUCUUGUAGAGAUCAUAACUGCGUUGAAAGUAGUUGACUUCUCUCGACCUCACACUGAGGUGAAUUUGGCUGCACUUGCAAUUGACAGGAUUGGAAAGGGUCAUGUGGAUGAGAUAAUAGAUCCAUUCCUCGAGCCACAUACAGAUGCUUGGACACUUUCAUCUGUUCACAAGGUGGCUGAACUGGCAUUUAGAUGUCUUGCGUUCCAUAGCGACGUGAGACCUUCCAUGAUGGAAGUGGCAGAUGAGCUAGAACAGAUAAGGCUCAGUGGGUGGGCCCCAAUGGAGGACAACAUAUGCACGACAUCAUCAGUGGCAUCGUCUUGUUCAUCACCAUAUAAUGGAAGUGAGAAGUCACUAGGUGGUGUGUCGGUUAAGAAGGCUAGGAGAUUGAUUGUUCCACAAUUGACUUCAUUGGAAGAGGUGAAGGAUAUCUCACCUGUUUCUGUGCAGGAACAUUGGCCAAGUGAACAGAGCUCACCUUCAACAAACAGCUUGUUGCGUAAUGUAGUUCAGUGAGCUGAAAGUGCAGAGCUUCAUCUCAUUUUGUGAAUAUCAUGGAGGUAUUUUUACAGUUUCGAGUUUUUAUACACUUUUGAUGCUUGGCCUUUCAAACACUUCUUUAUAAUUCUUUCUGUAAUAUACAGAGGAUGUAGAACUAUUCAUUAAACAAAUGUUAUACAAUCAUAUACAACGAAUGUGAACUUAUGAAGUGAUACUACAAUUCUUCAAGCUUAUUAUUGGAAAUUACUAUACCU